AAUUUUAUAAUAUUAAGGCCAACUUGAUGAAUAUUUUCUAUUAGCUGACUGUUAUCAUUGAUAACAGACGCCAUUAAUCAUCUGAAUUUGUAUAUUUAUCAAGAAUUCAAGAUAUAGUAUUGAUGACAUCUUUACCCGUGGGCCGUGGCCCGUGAGCAGUCAGUCAGUCAGUGCCCGUGCCCGUGAGUCAGUGACAUUGACCAAAAUUGUAGAAUCGCAGAAUCAAGUUCACAAUACCUAUUUUAAUUCAAAAUGUUGAAAAAAAAUAUCAUUUUAAAUAAUCAAAUGCACCGAUAUAUGUCUGAUUUUGUAACCCAAUAUAACGAAAAUCAUAUACCCACCACACCAAUACAAAAAUUAUUAUUAUCAAUCGGUUCUGCAACUGUUUCAUUGUUUGAUCCUCAAAGAGCAGAUAUGAUUGCCACUAUGGGUGAAACUACUGGAACGCAUGCAUUGAAAUAUAUAAGAGAUAAAAUGAUUAAUAAUCCUGAAGGCAACGAAAUAUUACAGUUACAACCACGAAUUAACACGUCUACAGUUGAUCUUGAAAAGCUAAAAUACAUGCCAAAGAAUACUCUCGGAUAUGCUUACUUUAAAUUUUUAGAUGAUAAUAAAGUAACCCCAGACUCCCGAGGAUCAGUACAAUUCAUUGAYGAUAUUCAAUUAGCAUAUGUAAUGCAAAGAUACAGAGAAGUACAUGAUUUAUUUCACACCGUGUUGGGAAUGCCUACAAAUAUGUUAGGAGAAGUAACAGUAAAAUGGAUUGAAGCAUUUCAGACAAAGUUACCUAUGACUCUAACUGGAGGUCUUUUUGGAGCUGUACGACUUAAACCAAAGCAAAGAGAACAGUAUGUAAAACAUUAUUUACCAUGGGCUAUUCAAACAGGACUAAACAGUAAUUUUUUGCUAAAUAUUUAUUUUGAAAAACGAUGGGAACAAUCAAUAGAAGAACUACAAAAAGAAUUAAAUAUAAAACCUUUAGAAAUAAUUGAUUUAAAAUGAAAAUUGUUGCUGURUGGCUGUGCCUUAGUAGUUUUAGUAUCUUGUAUUGUAUUUUUUUUUUUCUAACUUAGUAUAAAUUUAUUCAUUUGACUUAAUCAAUGUUUGGGGCAAAUACAAAUUCUGUAAAAUAAAAUAAAUAUUAAUUUAGUUUAAAGUAAAAAAAAUAAUGUUAUAGGCGCACUGACCAUUAUGUGCUUCAAAUGUUUUAGGCUGGAGUUGGGCCAUAGGAAUUUGUUCUGUUUUUGUGGAUUUUAUGGUAUUAGAAAUAAGUUGAAGUUUAAGAGACUCAUACUUCGACUAAAAUAUAAUUAUAAUUUUAAUUUUACAAUGAACUAAUAUUUUUAUAUUGAUUUCAUAUUCAAUUUGCUUCUUUUAUAUAACAAUGAUUACCUAUCUAUAUAUUAAUAAGAGAUAUUUGAAAUUGAAAUACCUACUCAACUCCUAGGUAUCUAAAAAUUAAAAUUAGUAUUUAAUAUAGUUUUUGAAAAUUUAUAAUCUWUAUCUAUACUACGUGUUCAAUUAGCCGGCAACUAAAUCGUGAAAUGUAAAAUAUAAAUUAUAAUUAAGGUAACCUAACCUAAUCUUAGGAUGUAAAACAAUAUUAUUCUUUAAAAGUACAAUCAUUUUUAUGCUCCUUAGUAAUUGAUGACACUUUAACUAUAUGUGUGACUAUGAUUGCUAUUUUAUGAAUUUGGUAAUUAUUAAAAGUGUAUACAUAUUAAAUCCUAAUGGGUAUAAUAUAAUGUUCUGUUAAUUUUAUUUUAUUAUUACUUGAACUUGAUGUAAUAUUCUACUUUUUUCGAUCAGCUUCUCUUCUAUCUCUUGGGUUUUUCGUCUUUGUAAUUCAGCAUCUUUCAAAGCUGCUAUAAAUGUAAUUGU